CCUGAAACCAAGACAUAUAGGCACGUGGCAAGGAAAUUGGCUUUCAGUCUUUGUCGUGCGUAAAUUGAGUGAUAUCAUUGUGGAACUCAUUGUCCACUGCUCAACAUGCUUUUAUUGGAGACAAACUCUUGAAACAGGCUUGUUAUUUCCCAGACUUUUGUUAUUUCCUAGACUAGUGUUUUGUUUUUAUAAUAGUUUUUUUAUUUCCAAAAGAUUACUUCUAGCAAUAAUACAUAUAUUGAGUCGGAUGGCUAUUUAUACUUGACUAAUUAAGAAAUAACUAUUCUAUUUAACUUUUAAUUUCAAAAGGAAGAAAAAUUGUGACGUUUGCACGUUCUGGGUAACAGCCGUUCACUAGUGAAAACACAAGCAUGGAUUAUAGGCGGGCCAGGUCAAGUCUCAACUACACUUACGGGGGUUUGAUUUCACCUACCGGCUACCGUUUCCCGCGAGCGUGUUCCAGACUUCCUAUAAAUCUUACAACCAGCAUCAGGACAACCACCAAAUCAUACACAGAACACAAGAGUACAAGACGGCAAGCAAUAAGCUCUCUUGUUGCAAACUUUUGAUCAUUCUCGCCGAUCAAACUUGAUUAGCGACAGAGAAACUGCUGCCCCGACAAACAGCAAUGGAGGUCAAGGUGUUGAGCUCCAAGCUCGUCAAGCCUGCCUACAGUGCCGGCGAAGCGCCGAUGCCGGCCACCGAGUACAUUCCUCUGUCCAUCUUCGACAGGGUGACGUUCGAGAUGCAGAUGGCCAUCAUCUACGCCUUCGCCGCGCCGGCGCCAUCCACGGCCGCCAUCGAGAACGGCCUCGCCACAGUCCUUGCCCAGUACCGCGCCUUCGCAGGCCAGCUUGGCGAGGCGCCCGAUGGCACGCCGUCCGUCGUCCUCAACGACCGUGGCGCACGCCUGGUUGAGGCGACCGUGGACGCCGACCUCACCGACAUGGUGCCCUCGAAGCCCACGCCUGAGCUGCUGAAGCUGCAUCCUGACCUGGAGGCGGUGCACGAGGAAGUCGUGCUGCUGCAGCUCACGCGGUUCCGUUGCGGCUCCCUCGCCGUCGGGUUCACGUCCAACCACGUCGUCGCCGACGGCCACGCCACCAGCAACUUCCUCGUGGCCUGGGGGCGCGGCACGAGAGGGCUCCCAAUGGGCCUUCCGCCCGUGCACCACCACAAGGACCUUUUCAAGCCACGGUCGUCGCCUCGCGUGGAGCACGACCACCGUAACAGGGAGUACUACCUGCCGUCGCCCACCGACGUGGUCGGUCACCACAGCGACGCCGCCGACAACAUCGUCAUCCACAAGGCGCACUUCACCAAGGACUUCAUCGCCGGUCUCCGCGCCAAGGCGUCAGAAGGGCGCGGCCGGCCGUUCAGCCGGUUCGAGACCAUCCUCGCCCACCUGUGGCGCACCAUGACGCGCGCGCGCGACCUGAGCCCCGAGGAGACCUCCAAGAUCCGGCUGUCCGUGGACGGGCGGCACCGCCUCGGCCAGCCGGCGGAGUACUUCGGCAACAUGGUCCUGUGGGCGUUCCCGCGCUCCACGGUGGGCGACCUCCUGAACCGGCCGCUGAAGCACGCCGCCCAGGUGAUCCACGACGAGGUGGCGAGGGUGGACGGUGCCUACUUCCAAUCUUUCGUCGACUUCGCCAGCUCCGGCGCCGCCGAGAAGGAGGGGCUCGCGCGGAGCGCCGUCUGCAAGGACGCGCAUUGCCCGGACGUGGAGGUGGACAGCUGGCUGACGUUCCCGUUCUACGAGCUGGACUUCGGCACGGGGAGCCCGAGCUACUUCAUGCCGGCCUACUUUCCCACGGAGGGGAUGCUCUUCCUGGCGCCGUCCAACUUCGGCGACGGCAGCGUGGAUGCCUUCGUACCCUUAUUCCAAGAGAACCUCCAAGCGUUCAAAGAAUGUUGCUACUCCAUGGGGUAGGUGGCCUAACUGUGAAUUAGUCGAAGAAACAAGGAGUGAGGCACAUACAUUAGUUCAUUUAUUGAGAGUGUGACCAUAAAAAACAAUGUGUUCUCUUUUUUUCUUUUUGAGAAUUGUAUAGUGCUACAGUAUGUACACAGAUGUGUCCAUGUACAAUUGACAUGAUUAUUUGGAUCAAACAAAUUUGAUUAUACACCAAUAUACCAUAUCUUAGCUACUGUUUGAUCCGACUUGAACACUAAACUACAAAACCACUGAAUUAAUAAUUACAUAAUUUUCCUAAAACGGUUUAAGAUGGGCCGGCUUAAAAAAAUGGAAGUGUUUUUUGUUUUUUGAGGAAAACAGCAGGACUCUGUUGCAUAAUUUUUUUAGGGAUAUUUUAUUAAUUAUUAAAUGAUACAAGCAAGGGUUUUAUAAAAACGCAAAAAAGUGCACAAACAAAAUAAAGACUACAUAAAAGUUAGCAAAAAGAAACUAAGAAACUACUCCUUCCGUCCCAUAAUGUAGGACGUUGUUUGACACUAUGUGUAGUGUCAAAAACGUCCUACGUUAUGGGACGGAGGGAGUAACAAAGAUACAUCAACAGUAAGAACAACACCAUGGCAGCACCCGGGAAGAUCUUGGUUCCACUGAGCCCAAUCUUGAAGGACACAAUUAUCUGAAAGAGUUGGUCCAUGCCUCAAAAAACUUUGUGACUACGUAGAAUGUCGGGAUGUACACGCGGAACAUUUUGUCAGAAUUUCGUGACAUUUUAAAAUACGUUUAAAACAAAUUUUAA